AUGGAGUCUGCCCCCCUGCUCGCCUCGUUUCAGGGGCCGGAUGAGUUCCCCAGUAUCCUGGUCGGCAAGAAGAUCUUGCUGGCCACGGAAUCCUGGGGUCCCGUCAACGGCGUCAGUCGCACUACGCGUAGUCUCGUCGAGUACCUGCGUGACCACGGCGCCGAACUCAUUCUGGUUGCGCCGCAUUUCAAAGGCGAUGCCUCCAAACAAACCGUCACCUCCUGGGAGCGCCGCCUCCCGGGCUGCGCGUUGCCCUACAAUCCAGACCUGACCGUGGUCUAUCCGUUUCAUAUCAGCGAUGUCUACCGGCAGUCUUUCCAGCCGGACAUUGUCUAUCUCGCCAGUCCCGCCUCGCUCGGGUUCCAAAUGCUGCUGCAGAUUCGCCAGCUGCGGUCGCCUCCGCCCGUCGUGCUUAACUUCCAGACCGAUCUGUCCGCCUAUUCGGAGAUCAUGCUGCCCGCACCCCUGGAUCAAUUCGGGGUCUGGCUGCUGGCCGUUGUCCAGGGCUUUUUGUUCCGUUCGCGCGCGGUCCACACCAUCUUCUACCCCUGCUCCGCCAUUCGCCAGUAUCUGGAACAUGCGGGUGCCCCGACGGACCGACUGGUCCAGCUGGGUCGCGGCGUCGACACCGUAAUGUUCACCCCGUCGUACCGUGACGAGGCCUAUCGCCGGGAGAUUGCCCCGACCGGAGAAAUCAUUCUCAUCUGCGUAUGUCGCAUCGCGCCGGAGAAGGGGUUCGAGUUCCUCGCGCAAGUCGCGACACGGUUAGCAGCGGACAAGGUGCCCUUCAAGCUAUUGAUCGUGGGUGGGAACCGCAACCCGGUGGUCGAGAACAAAGUGAAACGCUUGUUCGACGGUGUUCGCAAUCACGUCGUCUUUACCGGUUUCCUCACCGGCGUCGCACUGGCCCGUGCUUAUGCCUCGGCCGAUCUGUUUCUGCACUGCUCCAUUACCGAGACGUUCGGGCUGGUCGUACUCGAAGCGAUGGCCAGUGGCCUUCCGGUGAUCGCACGCGAUCAAGGGGGGCCAUCCGAUAUCAUUCGUCACGGACAGACCGGAUAUCUCGUUCCACCCCAUGAUCUCGAUCAGUUCACCACCCUGACUCGCGACGUAUCUCGGGACGCCGCAUUGCGCGCGGCUUUGACGGUAGCCGCGCGCCAGUACGCAGACGACACAACAUGGGAGAAGAUCAACCGCCGAGCGGCCUGGCAGCUGGCGGAGGCGCUGACACACACCGACCAGGAAUCGCACGGCCCUCGAUCACGGCCACGACCGGGAAUCAUCGCGCACGCGUCGGAACAGAUCCGGCUGGCGCUGGCCGUGGGGAUCGUCUACGGGAUGUGGCUGAUCGCAGUCGUGCCGCUGAUUGUUCACGGACACCGCUUCAUCCCUCGUGCCUGGCAGGCCCUGCGAGAUCAGUUCCAGUGUACUCGGCCGCUGCGAAGCUGA